GAUCAAACAAAUAACACCAAACUCAUAGAAUCCGCUAAAAGAAUCACCCUCACGCCGUUACUCUCACCCAAUCUCUCCCACAACACUCAUAUUCCAAUUUCCACAGCACAAAUGAAACCGAUUUUUGUCAUAAUCUCUCCCCACAACUACUAUCCCAAAUCUCUCUCCCCCUAAAUCAAACAUUCAAUUUCAAUUCAAAAUUUCCCCAAACAAUCUCUAUAAAAAAACCUCACUUAGGGUUUCAUUUCAUUCUUCACUACACAAUGAAAGCUUCACUCAAAUUCCGAGACGAACAAAAGAAACCACUGUUAAGAGCCAAAAUUCCUCUAAGCAUUUUAGGUACCCCAUUCCAAUCAGGAAUCGUAGCUGGUGAAUCUAAAGAACUAACUCUCAAUCUCUCAACCUUUUUCCAAUCCGGUCCGUCGCUUAGACUCGCUUACCGGCCCAACGACUCGCAAAACCCGUUCUCGUUGAUGGUUAAAACCGGAACCGGUUCGUUCGGUUCGCCGCUCUCGAGUUCUAUGCUUAUGAGUUGUGAAUUCAAUCUGCUGAACCGGAGUAAAACCGGGGGAUCCCAGCCUCUUUUUAUGCUUCAUUUUAAGCCUCGUUUUGGGGAUUUCAGUUUUAAGAAAUCUCAGUCGUCGAUUCUUGAUGUGAAGAAUUAUGCUUUUCAAAACGGAGGCGUUCUGGGAGGUGAGGAUGCGAGUAUUGAGUUUGUUGAGUCUGUUGAGUCGCCGGUGAUGGGAGCUUUUUCUACUGGGAAAGUUCCGUCUGCCAGCGCGUUUACGGGUUUGUUUUCGGGUACGGAGGUUGCUGCGAGAACGACGUUGCCGAUUAGGGGACGCACGGCGGUGAAUUUUAGGUGGGGGGUUAGGGUUCCGGCAGAUGCUAAAGUGGAGAGUGCUUUUCAGAAGGUUCCGUUUCUUGUGAUGGAUAAGAUUGGGGUUGAACAUUUGCCUUUGCCUGUGGAGAAUGGGGAUUUGAAGAAAGAUGUUGCUGGCGUGGGGAUUAUUCCGGGGAGUGCUGAUAUGGCGGUGACGUGCUCUGCGGUGAAGCGGUUGCAGGCUGAGAGUGGAUUGCUGAGGAAUGCCGUGGAGGAUCUUCGACGAGAGUUUGCUAGCGCGCGAAUUGGAGGAGGUUCGGAGUUUGAGAGGAAUGGAGGUAAAGGGAAAACCUUCGAGGGGAGAAAGAAUGAGAAGAAAGUGAUGUCGGAUUUUAAUGGUUAUCCGGGAAAAUCGACUGAGGCUGAUGCAAGUGAGGAGUUGAAGAAGGCAUUGAGGGGAGCCACCACUGUUGGAGUUUGAACUCAAAAUAAGUGAAAUUAGAUUUAUGGUGCAGCCAAACGGCGAGUUCUGUUUGAAUUUUUCACAAUUUUGUUUAUAGAUUAUAAAUCUGGUUCUGUCAUAAGUUUAUGGUUUCAGUUUUGGAACUGCAAAUUGUUUGUUUAUUGUCAUAUGAAUGAUGAUAAUGAUUAUAUAAAUAUGUUGCUUCGGUUGGUUUACAAUUUCUAA